AUCGCAUUAUGUUUCUGGAAAGAGAAAGAGAAAGAAGCGGUGCGUGUUUUAGUGUGUGAGAGAGAAAGCAAAGAAAGAGACAGAGAUGGGAGACGUGAGAAAGGUCGGAGUGGCCGUCGAUUUCUCGAUGUGUAGCAGAGCAGCGUUGCAAUGGGCUGUCGACAACAUGUUACGGAAGGGAGAUCACCUUAUUCUUGUCAACAUUCGUCCUGACACCAAUUCCGAAGAAACCGAGAUGCUGCUAUGGGAAACCACCGGUUCUCCUUUGAUUCCGUUGAGCGAGUUUACUGAUGCACAUGUGAUGAAGAAAUAUGGGACGAAGCCUGAUCCAGAAACAUUAGAUAUCGUUAAUUUGGUUGCAACUCAGAAAGAGGUUGUUGUUCUCAUGAAAAUCUUUUGGGGAGAUGCUCGAGAGAAACUAUGUGAAGCCGUUGAUAAUAUCCCCUUGGAUUGUCUUGUCGUAGGGAACCGAGGCCUUGGCAAGUUAAAGAGGGCUAUUUUGGGGAGUGUGAGCAACUAUGUUGUGAAUCACAGUUCAUGCCCUGUUACUGUGGUGAAGCAGCAUGUGGAAUAAGAUGAUGUAAUCAAAGUCUAAGGAACUUAAUUGGUACCAAAUAAUCCCUUGGAUAAUAUUUCCAUCUUCUUGUUAUUGUUAUUGUUGUUGUUGGUAGUUAAAAAAAUAAAGUUUGAAGUUGGUUUUGUGUUCAUAUUAUGAUGUAUUUGUUAAAAAUAAAUAAUAAGAUUUAAGUUGGUUUUGUUAA